CGUGACUCUCUUUUCUUGGUAACAACAUCUGUUGUCAAACGUCGCUAAGGAAGUGAUCGGGCUAGUCCUUAAUUAGCCACUCUGACACCAAACAACAGUAAACCAGAGGUGUAUGUUAGUUAGCUAUGAGAGAGCUCCAUCCACCUGACCACAGCUGGUAUCAGUCAUGACGAGAGGAUGACUAAGAAUGGAGAGGACAGCCCCCUCCAUCAGUCCAGUGAGGCUCCUGGUAAAGGAGAUUCAGCUGCCAAUGACAGCGGGCCACUCAACACCUCCUUAGUAGAUGCCAAAUCCUGCAACGAGCACAAUGAUGCCCUUAAACUCACUGCUAGAAACGCUGCGGGAGAGAUCAGCCCAUACCAGCCUCGGCCACCCUUACUACCCAGGCUGUCAAAAUCCAGCAGAAGUAUCUCAGUGGAGGAGACCGUGAGAACCAGGAGACUGAGAAACAGCCAGGAGAGUCUGAGUGACCCGGUUGAGACUGGCUCCUCCACAGACUCACUCAAAGAGGACCACACAGCUCCAGCUCCAGGUGGAUUUGUUCCCAGCACUGCAGCUACCACCAGAAAUGAGCAGGACUUCAAUGUAAGACCCAUCUCUGCUGUCACAGCAGGAUCCCCAGUCUUCCGGGACAGAGUGAGCAGCCUCUCUGAGUAUGAACGGAGGCCCCCCAGCCAGCAGAGCGACCCCACAGACCACUGGGCAAGGUCCGCCAAGGUGCGCCUGUCUCCGGUGCAACCCACAGGGACGCUGCCUGCUCUGGACAAGAGCUUUGCGUCAGCCAGUUUCAGGGCAGCUAAUAGGAUUGACAGGGAUUGUUUGGAUUAUGCCGUGUUGGCCAGAGAGAAACUCGGGGAAAGACUCCACAGGAACCUGAGCGACAGCCGGCUUCUGGAGAACAUGGGGUCGGACAGUGCCUCUGUCAACUCCAUGAGGUCCACCUACAGUGUGCUCAGCCCCAUCAGACCCCAGGAUGUGAGGAACAGGAGCUUUCUGGAGGGCAGCGUGCUGGGGAGUGGUGCCCUGCUCGGAGCCGAGGAGCUGGACCGCUACUUUCCCGACAGGAGAGUGGGUAUCUACAUCGCUACUUGGAACAUGCAGGGAGAGAAGGGGCUUCCAGCCAACUUAGACGACCUCCUCCUGCCAACAGACUCUGAAUUUGCACAAGACUUUUAUGUCAUUGGGGUCCAGGAGGGCUGUCCUGACAGGAGGGAGUGGGAGACCCGUCUUCAGGAGACUCUGGGACCUUACUACGUCAUGCUGUAUGCAGCAUCACAUGGUGUUUUAUAUCUCACUGUAUUUGUCAGAAGAGACCUCAUCUGGUUCUGCUCAGAGGUGGAGCACGCCACAGUCACAACCAGGAUCAUCUCUCAGAUCAAGACCAAAGGGGCUGUGGGAAUCGCCUUUACCUUUUUUGGCACUUCCUUCCUCUUCAUCACGUCCCAUUUUACCUCUGGAGAUGCCAAAGUUUACGAGAGAGUACUAGAUUACAACAAGAUCGUUGAGGCUCUAGCUCUUCCCAAAGGCCUUCCAGACACCAACCCUUACCGCUCCACGCCAUCUGACGUCACCACGAGGUUCGACCAGGUCUUCUGGUUUGGAGAUUUUAACUUUCGACUGAGUAAAGACCGGGUUGACGUGGAGGCCAUCAUGAGUCGCACAGUAGGCGGCGAUAUGGGCCGUCUGCUGGAGCACGACCAGCUCUCCAAGGAAAUGAAGGAUGGUUCAAUCUUUAAAGGUUUCCAAGAGGCACCAAUACACUUCCUCCCCACAUACAAGUUCGACAUCGGCUGUGAUAUCUACGACACCACUUCUAAACAGAGAACACCAUCAUACACAGACAGGAUCUUGUUCAGGAGCAGGCAGGCUGAUGACAUAAAAGUGGUCAAGUACACCAGCUGUUCCAGCAUCAAGACCUCAGACCAUCGGCCCGUCAUCAGUGUCUUCCAGGUCAAACUCAGGCCGGGCAGAGACAAUAUUCCCCUGGGUGCAGGACAGUUUGACCGAAGCCUGUAUUUGGAGGGCAUCAGGAGGAGGAUCACCCGAGAACUGAAGAGGAGGGAGGCCAUGAAGAACCAAAGUAGCAGUACCAUCUGCACCAUCUCCUAAACCCUUAAAAUGAACUCUCAGAGCAGAGCGGACUGGAUCAAAAUGUUCCAGACACUGAAAUGUAAAACCAGGCAGGCAGAAAAGGACCAGAGGGAAACCAGAGAUGUCUUAACUACACAGAGCCCAGUGCUGGUCAUGGUGGUAACUGAGCAGAGUGCGCCCUCUGUUGGGCAUUGCUUGAACUGUGUGUAUGUGGGAAGUGGCUGGCUGCACUUGAGGGCAGGGACCUUGAGGUCAGAUGUGCAGAGAGAUUUGCAGCCACAGCAGCAGUCUAGCCUUUAUUUAUUCAGCCCCCUCUACUCAAACAUGACCAAGACAGAGUGGGAGGGGGCGUCGUCGUCGUGGCUUACUCUUCUGUCACAUGCUACAGUGUGAACUGACCUUAAAGGCUCUGUGUAACUGCAUUCAUUUUCUUUUUUUUAUAGGUGUUUAAAAAACAUCAUGAACCACAAUGUUACGUUUUUCUGAAUGCUCACAUCAGUGUUCAAAUGCCUUGUGAAUUUGUCAUCAAAUAGGUUAACAAACAUUACUACAUUUUGGUGGCACGUGCGGUGCACUUAUUAAAUGUCAUGUAGGCGUCUGCCAUCGGUCAGUUUUAACUUGAAUAUGGUUCCAAGCUGAAUGUUUUGUAGGAGACAUACGAUACGACUGAACAAGGGAGGUUAAAUAUAUAAUUUCAAGAGCAUGACGUUGAUGAACGGUACGUCAGGAGGUUGUUACUACUUGUUACUGUUGAAUUUCAGGGAGAUCACAUCUAUUUGAUGGCUUAUAUUUAAUUUAUUUUCACACGAACUCACUUCCUGUAAUAUAGAUUUAAACUGUUAACACCUGUCACUACACUUUUAGGACAGUGAACCUUUGCUACAGACUGUAAUUCAAUGCCUUACCUCUCAUCUCACUGCUGUGUAGCCUCAUACGUAAUAUAAACUGUCCAUGUACUGUAUGUACCACACUAAUGAACUCACAUUCCCAGUGCGAGGAGCAGUCUGCUCCGAGGAUAAGUGCCUGUGGGUCUCAAGACCUCUUAACUUUAUCUGCGUAUUUUUAUAUGUCACCUAUUAGGUAACAUUGUGUAAUAAACGUUUUAACACAGA